AUGGCUGUGCUCCAGUGGCCAAGUGUGCCGAAUCUUGAAGAGGACGGUGACCUUGAAUUUCCCGGAGUUGUGCUAUUGAAGCAGCAGCAGCAGCAACAACAAGAAACCGAUCAACACUACCAUCGAAACGAGCAACUAUCACAGCACAACUACUUUGGAUUUGAAGAAGAGACAAAACAAGACACCGGGUUGCCAGAAUUAGGCAAAGAAACCGACAGUGAGGUUCGAAAGCACAGCCUCGACCAUCACGUCAGCCGCGACCUGGACUUGAACUUGACCUUCAGCCUUGACCUCGGCAUCGACGGUGACAUUGACCUUCCAGCGGCUCAUGUUGAUGCAGCCGAAUCUGGGAUUCUGGCAGAGAACAAUUACAACGCGAUUGCCGGUCUGCGGCAACAAAGCGAACCCAAUCUAACCCCCAGCAGCUCCGGCACUAGCAGCUCCACCGCCCCCGGUUCCACGUCCCGCAGGCCCAUCCUCUUCUCAUCAGCAUCAGCACCGGCGCCAGCACCAGCACCCGCAUCAGCAUCAGCAUCAGGGGAAACACCAUUUGCCCACCCCCACUCCCACCACUCCUUGUUCUCGCUGACCUCACCCCCCCUCCACCCGCAUCCGCAUCCGCACCCGCACACGCACCCGCACCCACGCCACCUGAACAAUUCUCGUACACAUCAGAAGCACCAGAAGAAGUACCAGAAGCCUUACCAGCGUCAGCAGCAGCAGGGCCACUACCUCCAACACCAACACCACGCCCACUCCCCGUACCCAGCCGGCCAGGCCAGCCACCAGCACCACCACCAUAAUCACCAGGCUCCGCUGCCUCCGUCCAUCCCAGUCUCGGUCUCAGUCCCAGCACCACCAACAACAGCACCACCAGCACAAACACAUCCAGAGCCUGCGCCAGAGCCAGACGUUGUUGCGCCUGGGCCACCAGAGCCAGUGACUCGGCCGCUGCCACACCUGUUCCCUCCCACUGGCCCUCCUCCCAUUACUAGUCGACCCGAGAAAUUCGUCGACGAACCUCUUCACCAUUACCCUCACGACUCCGUCGCAGCUCACGCUUCACGGUCGCCCAUGGAUGUCGAUAUGUCGUCGACCGACCUUUCGGCUCAGCAGCAGCAACAGCAGCAGCACCUAAACCAGCAACAAUCACCACAAAAAUCAGAGUCGCCAUCACAGGCCCCAGGAACCUCCACCAAUCCAGCUGGCGGGAGUCCCAACGCUCAAGGUAGCUCUGCUGCUGCUGCCGCCGCGGCCGCGGCCGCCGCGAACCACUUGAGUUUUCGCAGCGAGAAAGGAGAUAAUGCUGAAGAGCGUUCACCGAGAGCUCCCAGUGUUCCUGCGCCAGGACCUGGGACCUUCCCGCCGCGGACUCCUGCUGUCUAUCACACCACAGAUGGCACGCCGUCGUCCACCUAUACCGAGUCGCAAGCCCGAAAGGAGGAAGUCGAUAGUGGCACUUAUCUCAACCUGGUGAUGAAACCAAAGUUCACGAGAGCCCCUAUAACGGAUGCUGGCAGGGUCGCGUACCUCGGAGAGUCGUCCAAUUUGACGUUGCUUGUACACGAUCGACAAGGCUCGUCAGACGUAGUGCACUAUCCUCUACCCGAAAAUGUGAGGGGUUCCAGGGCCCGAUUGACCGAGCUGGACAACGUCGAAAUCGAUAUCCUGCACCAACGCGGCGCCUUCCUUCUACCGCCCAGAUCUUUAUGCGACGAGCUUAUCGACUCCUACUUCAAAUGGAUCCAUCCGAUCGUUCCGGUCAUCAAUCGUACCCGCUUCAUGCGACAGUAUCGCGACCCCAAGAACCCGCCGUCCCUUUUAUUACUGCAGGCUGUGCUGCUGGCCGGCUCAAGAGUCUGCACGAAUCCACAGCUGAUGGAUGCCAAUGGUUCGACGACGCCCGCUGCCCUGACCUUCUACAAAAGGGCAAAGGCGCUCUACGAUGCCAACUACGAAGACGAUCGGGUGACCAUUGUGCAGUCAUUAUUGUUGAUGGGGUGGUACUGGGAAGGACCUGAAGAUGUCACCAAGAACGUUUUUUAUUGGAGUCGAGUCGCCACCAUCGUUGCUCAGGGUUCUGGAAUGCAUCGAAGUGUUGAGCAGUCACAACUCAGCCGCUCCGACAAGAGGCUGUGGAAACGAAUCUGGUGGACUCUCUUUACACGAGACAGGUCUGUUGCCGUUGCUCUCGGCCGACCAGUUCACAUCAACCUCGACGACUCCGACGUCGAGAUGCUCACUGAGGAUGACUUUAUCGAGGAUGAUGGCGACCGUAACAGCGAGUACCCUCCAGAUCCCAUACACGUGCAGUUCUUCAUGCAGUACGUCAAGCUUUGCGAAAUCAUGGGCCUGGUGCUGUCUCAGCAGUACUCGGUAGCCUCCAAAGGACGACAGAGAAACGCCAUCGACUUGACCCAUAGCGAUAUGGCUCUCGCCGAUUGGCUCCAAAAUUGCCCAAAGAUCGUGUACUGGGAGGUUGCUCGGCAUCACUUUUGGUCAGCCCUGCUACACUCGAAUUACUACACAACACUGUGCCUCUUACACAGAGCUCACAUGCCGCCAAAUGGAGGCAGUCGUUUCCCUGACGAUUCUCCAUAUCCUUCACGAAACAUUGCGUUCCAAGCCGCGGCUAUGAUCACCUCUAUCAUCGAGAACUUGGCAGCUCAUGGCGAACUUCGAUUCUGUCCGGCAUUUGUUGUGUACAGCUUGUUUUCGGCCCUGAUCAUGCACGUCUACCAAAUGCGGUCGCCGGUCCCAUCGAUUCAGCAGGUAACCCAGGACAGGUUAAGAACAUGCAUGCAGGCCCUCAAGGAAGUGUCGCGAGUUUGGCUGGUAGGAAAGAUGGUGUAUACCUUAUUUGAGUCCAUCAUAGGAAACAAAGUGCUCGAGGAACGGCUGCAGAAGGCUGCGGGUAAGAGGCACAGGAAAGCGCAACAGGCGUUGGCACAGCUGGAGCAGCAACAGCGGCCGCAGGACGUUGCCAAGAGGAAGUACGACGACAUGGCGAUCGACUUCAGCGUCAAUACUCCAACGCCUCAAGAGUCUUAUGAAAGAUCGCGUCCGCAGACCCCUAGCCAUAUGAAGGGCGACGGAGGUUCAAAUCAGCAGACGAUGCCGCCUCCGAUCACAUCACCUAAUGCGAGACAGAACGCAGACACGUUCAUGGGCGGAACCUCCUCUAGGCCACAGACCAGACCAGCGACGCCCUUCAACCCUUCAUUCUCGGUGCCGGCCACACCGCCAGACCUGUAUCUUGUUACACGCAACUCGCCGAAUAUUUCUCAGUCCUUGUGGGAAAACUUCCAACCCGACCAGCUUUUCCCAGACAGCGCAAGUAUGCCUGCAUUCCCGCACAUGUCACCGCCACCGAAUCACCAUGGCAUAGAUACAGGCCUCAUGGCGCAGCUGCAUAAUCAAAACACGUCCCAUGGUCUACCAGCACAAAGCACUCAGUUCCAAGCACGUGGCCCUACCAAACAAGGAUUGAGUGGAAGCCCUCAGCAAGGCGCGAACGUCCUGGGGUCUGGCAUGCAGGGUUUCCAGCAGCAGCAACCGCAGCAGCAACAACAGGCACAGGGGCAAGGGCAGAGCUCCAACAACAAUAACAGCCUCAACAGCAAUCUCUGGACAGCGAAUUUCGACGGCUUGAUGCCGGAUGGACAAAGCCCAAGUGACAGCUGGAGUACAGGAUCAGCUCAAGGGCAACCUGUUCCAAACACGCUCAAUGUUGAAGAUUGGUUCCAAUUCUUUGGUAUCAAUAACGGUGACCUGGCUAGCAUGAAUCUUGAUUUGGGGUUAGGUCCUCAGUAG